GAAUUUCUCCCUGGAAUUCCUAGUCUCUAGGUGGGGACGCCCUUUUCUUUCUGUCUUUCGAAAAUCACAGAGGCCUAACUGCUGCCCGUGAUCACGAACGGAGGCAGCGUCGCAGGUUGAUUGCGUUACCCAAAGGUUGCGGGCUGCGAAUCGGUUUCUAAGGAAAACUUUCGAAGCGCUUCGUUCUUAAAAAAAAAAAAAAAAAAAAGAGGAAGGAGCUGCGAGACACCCCCCCCCCAAACACACACACUGCCCGGGGAGAGCAAGUUUUGUCUGGUAAAGUUCUCGGUCUAAGCGGCCCGCAACGGACCUUCAACGGUCGCUAGCCUCACGGCUCUACGACUCUGCGCGUGCGCAAGCUCCUGUCAAACGCGUGGACGGAGGCCGGGAAGAAAAAAGGCGGGAGCCACCAGUAUUCUGGGUGGAGCAAAAUGGCGCGGGAGAAUGAGAUGCAGGAGUUCACCCGUAGCUUCUUCCGAGGCCGCCCGGACCUCAGCACGCUUACGCACUCCAUCGUGCGGCAGAGGUUCUUGGCUCACGCCGGCCGCGACCACCUGGAACCUGAGGAGAAGCAGGCGCUGAAGAGGCUAGUGGAGGAGGAGCUGCUGAAGAUGCAGGUGGAUGAAACGGGUGCCAAGGAAGAGAGGCUCGACCUUGCCAAGAAGGCGAAGAGGUCUCCCACCCUCUGCCAUGACCGAGAGAGGAAAAGGUUCCGUUUCAAUUCAGAGUCAGAGCCCAGCUCUGCAGCCUCCAGCCCAGACUGCUUCAGCCCCCCAGCAAAGAAUGAGACGGCAGAAGUCAGUCCCGCUGAGGAUGAAAGGCCAAAGCGUGCCUCGAAGAAUGCAGUUGAGGAGAGCAGUGAUGAGGAAGAACAGCAGAGAGACCUGACUGCAACGAUCAGAUUAGCAAACGAGGUGGUGAAGGAGAGCAGUGAGGAGGAGGAAGAGGGCUCUGCCAGGAGGAGGAAGAUCUGGAAAGGAGAGAGCAGUGAGGGAGAGGAGGAGGGAAAGGAAGAGAAAGAGAACAAAGAUGAGGAAGACGAAAAGGCACCCAAGGGCAGGACUAGGAAGAAGCCCGGGGCAAAGAACAAGCAGGCCUCAGGCAGGGCCUCAGCCAGCCGGAAGCUGGCCAGGGAGGCGAGUGAGGACAGUGAGGAUGAACCUGCCGAGAGGAUAGGAAAGAAGGUGGGAGGAAAGGAAGGAGCUAGAAGCCACCAGGAAAGUGAAAAGCAGAGUGAGGAGGAGACCCUAGCCAAGCAGAAAGAGAACAGAGAGGAGUGGAAACUCAGAGCCCAGAGCAACGGAGGGAAAAGGUCAGCUCGGGAGGAGCAAAGCUGUAAGCAGAAAAGCAGGGGAAGACUGCUGGGAGACCAGGAACAGAAGGAAAAAGCAGCCACAGGCAGUGGGGAUACCAGUGAUGAAGAUGAAAAGCCCCUAGCGCAGAGCAGGGACAGGACCGAGCAGAAGGGUGGGGAAAGGCAGAGUGGCAGCAGUGAGGCGGAGGAGGAGGACGACAGCUGGAGAAAGGUGACACCAACUACUGGUAAGACAGCCACGGUGGGCAGUAUCAAUGGUGAGGCAAGUGACUCAGAGAAGGAGGUGAGUGACAUCGAGGCAGAGGGGAGCCCCAAGAGGGAGAGGAAGAACCGCUCUUCCAAGAAGAGCUCCAAGAAAGGCAGGACACGCAGCUCCUCUUCCUCUUCCACCGACGGCAGUCCGGAACCCAAAGGCGGGAAGGCUGGCUCAGGUCGUCCUGGUGAGGACCACCCAGCUGUGAUGAGGCUAAAGCGCUACAUCCGGGCCUGCGGUGCCCAUCGAAACUACAAGAAGCUGCUGGGUUCCUGCCGCUCCCACAAGGAACGCCUGAGUGUUCUCCGGGCAGAGCUGGAAGCCCUAGGCAUGAAGGGUAACCCUUCCUUAGAGAAGUGUCGGGCCCUGAAGGAGCAGCGGGAAGAGGCAGCUGAGGUGGCCUCCUUGGACGUUACCAACAUCAUCAGUGGGUCAGGCCGGCCACGCAGACGCACAGCCUGGAACCCUUCGGGAGACGCAGCCCCGCCGGGGGAGCUGUACCGCAGGACCUUGGACUCAGAGGAGGAGCGGCCCCGCCCUCCACCCCCAGAUUGGUCACACCUGCGGGGCAUCAUCAGCAGUGAUGGCGAGAGCAGCUGAGCUUCCCCCGUCCCCAGGAGGGACGUUCCACUUGUAGAAAGUGUAUAAGGCAGCCCCACCCCAAUUCUGUGCCUGCAGAGCAGAAGCAGCUUUCUUCAGAGACUUGCAGCCCCCACGGACAGAUUGUUGGGAUUCUACUUCUCAGCUUUGCAUCCUCACUUUAAGGUGUUUACAGGGGUUUACUUUUAAAGACACAAUAAAGGAGCGUUUGCAUCACCUCA